AGACUCUGCUCACAGUGGGAUGACCGCUGCUGAUGGAGAUCAUGACACAUCGCUCAGCAUCUCUUACAGGCGUCGACAGAAGAAGCUCAAGGCUGUGAUGACAUAGAAAACAUGUCAUGAUAAAGUCAAACUCCUCCUUUCUUGAUUCACUCAGGGAGUUUCAGUCAGUUUGUCUUCAGCACCAUCCGCGCUGCGUUUCUGCGGCUCUCCGGGAGAAGACAGAAGAGGAGAUGUUGUUUUUAAAAGUAAGGCACAACCUCUUUACGCAUCCUUUAGUAUUUUAAUGAGCAGUAAAAGCAGGGAGUCAGCGCUGCUGCUGCUGUUUUGGCCGGAGAUCUUUUGUUUUUUUUAGCCAGCGGUUGCUUUGCUGGACUUUCUGCAUUCUGCCGGUUGAAAACGUUAAAACUCGACGAUGCGCUCGGAAAAGUGAGGAAAAAUGCUCAGAUUUGGCUUUUGCAGAUGGGGUUUAAAUUCAAGAUAUCGGAGAAGACGUCAAGUUGGAGAGGAUCAAAUAAUUACACAAAAAGGUCGCUAACGGAAGGCGUAUGCUGGCUCUGGCUGUAGUUUUCCUGCCAUUACCAUGAGCUGGAGCUUCCUGACGCGCUUGCUGGAGGAAAUUCACAAUCACUCCACGUUUGUGGGCAAGAUCUGGCUCACCGUCCUCCUCGUCUUCCGCAUCGUCUUGACAGCCGUGGGAGGCGAGUCGAUCUACUACGAUGAGCAGAGCAAGUUUGUCUGCAACUCGGCCCAGCCGGGCUGUGAGAACGUCUGCUACGACGCCUUCGCUCCUCUGUCCCACGUCCGCUUCUGGGUUUUCCAAACCAUCCUGGUGGCUGCGCCGUCCCUCAUGUAUCUUGGCUACGCUGUGAACAAAAUCGCUCGGGCAGAAGAGCAGGCAGAUAAGGGGAGAGUGAGGAGAUUUCCGCGAAACAAACUCAAGAAGCGCUACCUGGGGAGCAGGAAGCAGCACAGGGGCGUGGAAGAGGCUGAGGACGACGACGAGGAAGACCCGAUGAUCUACGAAGUGGCGGAGGACGAUGGGAGUCUAGCUGCGAAGGGAGACAGUAAUGAGAGACAAGUGAAAGAAAAGGUCCGCCAUGAUGGUCGUCAGCGGAUUAAAGAAGACGGGCUGAUGCGCAUUUAUGUCUUCCAGCUGUUGGCGCGUUCCGUCCUGGAGGUGGGCUUCCUCUGUGGACAGUAUGUGCUGUACGGAUUUGCAGUGCCUUCCAGAUACGUUUGCUCCGACCUGCCCUGUCCGCACAGCGUGGACUGCUUCGUGUCGCGGCCCACGGAGAAAACCAUCUUCCUCCUCAUCAUGUACGCCGUCUCUUUGCUCUGCCUGGUGCUCAAUUUAUGGGAGAUGCUUCACCUGGGCAUUGGCACCAUCUGUGAAAUGGCACGUUCCCGCCAGCUGCAGCUGCGUGACAACGAGCUGUACGGACUCACAAAGAGGAAUAAAGCAGUGAAUGAGGCGGGGCUGAGCGACGACCACUGCAGCUCCCCUUUCACCUGGAAUGAAUCUCCAGCCCCUCCAGGAUACAACAUCGCCGUCAAACCUCUCGUGGUGUCUAAGGGGAACCACAUCCCACCUCUUCCCAUCACCGACCUCACCCACGCCAAGAUCGCGUGCCGACAGAACCACGUGAACAUCGCCCAGGAGGAGCGACAGCAGUACGUCAACAACGACGAGAACCUGUGCCGGGCUGGGAGGGGCGACGGUCCCAGAAGUGCCCAGAAAGACGUGGGCCAGGCGCAGAAGAAGCUGAAUGCGAACAACCAGACCAGUUGUUCGCUGCAGGGCCACGGUAACAACAACAACAGCAAACCCAACCAUGAACGUAAACACCGGCAGGCGUCCCGUCACGCCUCCGGAAAGGCCGAGACCAACAAGGGCAGCAGCGGCACAAGCAGCAGCAGCAAAUACGGAGUGAUAAAGAGUUCUGAGUGGAUCUGAAAUAAAGAAACACUGUUCAGACACAGAACUUGGGUUACAACUGAUGCAGCUACACCACAGAGAUUUUCUCAAAAGCACCAUUCAGUAAAAGUCUCUGUAUUUCUGAAAACAAUCUCCUACAGUGUCAAUCCCGGUUAAAACAUUUGCUUAUCCAAGUAACUUUUGGGUAAAACCAGGUUCUUCAGGGACAAAUAAAGUAUUCAAGGGCUUAUUUCAGUUAGCAUUAGCGACUCCUCUACAGUAUUUUUCAUUAUUUUGUUGUUUACAUUUGACACUUAGCAGUUAUAGAAGAGAUUAGCCAAACCCGACUACAUAACUUUAAACAUCUAUAAGCAAAAAUGUGUUGAAAAUGGUAAGACAGGUGUAUUUCUCUUAAGAAAUACAGAGUAGAUACUUGUAUCCUGGUAUUUUUAUUAUUUUUAUUUUUUAUUUGAUUUUAAAAAUGUCAGUUAUAUCUGGCAUUAGAGGCCUCCGUUUUAAGUGCCUUCAUUGAAGAGCCAAAGAACUGCUUAACUUUUUUUUUUAUAAAUAAACUGUUCUCACUAAAGUGGACAUGACCAGCUCUAUGUACAGAUGCUUCUAAUUCCUAACUAAUGUUUCUGAGUAUGCAGAACAGUUUGUUUUUCUGCUGAGCCAACUUUUCUGUGCAACUUAUUCCUACAUUAGUUCAACGGUUAAUGCAGAGCCCAACUUCAUGUUUUACCUGGCCUGGUAUAGAGUUGAUUGAUUUUCAAACUGAAAGGGUUUGGGCUUGUUCAAAGAUAUUUUUUUACUGCCAAAUAACAGCAUGUUUUCAAUAAAAAAGUCUCUAUUUUC